ACUGGGGCAUGCUUUCACCUUUACACGCUCACGUAUACAAGAGAACUUGCUCAGAAUAGAUCGCUUUUCUCAAGCGACAGGAACUUAAUAAACGAAAACACAUCAUCUCGAAUCAACAUGGGUGAUACCAAAGACACCAACGGCACGCAACCGGAAGAAUCGGAGGCCCCCACGACACCGGUUCCAGUCGCUAGCAAAGACGAGAGAAUCAAGUUGAUUUUAGAUAAGUUUGAGGUCAAGGCCCAAGUGGACGAUAACAUGCGAUCCGUUUGCUUAGCCCUUGACGAAAGUCUCCGUCAAAACGAAAGAAUGACGGACGAGACGAACAACCUGCUGGAGCAGGUCACAAAGCAGGAACAGACCAAAGAGACCAUGCAGAGGUUGGUGGAAGCCCUCAAGACUCAAAUUGUCCUCACCAAGGAAGAGGCCGGACUCAAGCUCAUGGAAGAGACUCAAAAGCGAAUCGAUUGCUCCCAGAAGUUCCAAGAUACCAUGAGCGAGCUCUCGGGUCUAGUUGGCGCUCGUGGCGAAAGUGAUUCCAAACUUCGUGAAGAGAAUUUGCUCCUGUCUCAGAAACUGGCCGAACUUUUGGCCCAGUUUGAGGGCAAAGAGCAACGCAUGUCAUCCUUCAAGAUCGAGCAUGACCUUCAGAUCAAACUUUUCGAAGCUCAAUUGUCCAAGGCCAAGAUCGAGAAGGCGGAGUUGAACGCCAACUUCACCAAAGAGCGAUUGGAACUCCAUAAAGCGUUGUUAGAGGCGCGAAAAAUGAACGAGGAGCUUUUAGAACAGAACCGCGAGAUCAAGGAGCACAUUGAAGACUAUCAGAAGCAAUACGAAACCCUCCAAGAGGGCUUGGGCGACAAGUCGGACCAUUUCAAUAAUUUCCGCAAGGAGAUGGAACGCCUGGGCAAGAAACUCCGUCAAUUCGAGAGAGACACGAGCAAUUGGAAAGACAAGUUCGAGUCCAGUAACGACCAAGUCAAGAGAAUGAACAUGACGGCCUUAGAUCGAGAGAAAGAGCUCGAGAUUGUCAAGAAGAAACUCGGUGCCAUGGAGAAACUCAAUCGUGCUCUUCAAAACGAGCGAGCAGAACUGAAAAAGCAACUUGAGACCAAAUCUUAGUGAGGGAAUAGGGGACCAAAAUGGUCCGUCCAUUCAUCAAUUGAUUCUAAUACCAUUGUGUCAAUGAUUUGUAUGAACAUAUUUCUAAUAUUUCUGUUAUUUGCGGUUGAAAUAGGAAAACGUGAGUGAAACCAAA